UUGACCCCACAGGCCACGAUGUCUGCAGUCCGUGAACAAGAUGGCGGUGUUCGUGGCCUGCGCCGUGUUCCUGUGCUUUGUGGAGGGCUAUGCGGUCAACGGGAUGGUCAACGCCGCCCGGCCCCACAUAGAGAAACAGUUUGGGAUGACCAGCUCUAGGUCAGCUCUGAUCACCUCGGCCCAAGACAUCGGCGCCCUGUGUGUGGUCAUCCUGGUCAGUUACAUCGGCUCCAACCCCCAGUACAACAAGGCUCGCUGGGUGGCUGUGGGCUCAGUCCUCAUGGCCGUGGGCUCGCUGGUCUUCAUGGUGCCACACAUCAUCCUGUCUGCCAGCAACG